CCCAACUGGUCAGUUCAAAAUAAAGAGAAACCGAAAGCAGUGGCGGCGUCACGUUGCAUCAUCGGGAUGCCUGACGCCAAACUCCGUGACUCAGAAGACACCCGACACGCCGCCGGUGUGCACGUUGACAGGGCGGUCUUUGAACGUUCACCGGGAGCCGCGGAGGCACAUGCUCGCCAGUCUUGCUGCAGAGGGGCGCGAGCGAUGUCCCCGUUAUUCAUGGACACCGGGUGUGAGCUCAACAGCCCCGGCUCGGUGUCCGCUGAGGAGAGCAACACCGCUGGAUGGGAGAGAGAAGACGGGGGAGAACACACGGGACGCAGAGGGAGAAUAAAACAAGAGAGGAACAAGAACGCUGCGAGGAAGAGCCGCAGGAAACAAACGGAGAGAGCCGACGAACUUCACGAGGAGCUCCAGUGUCUGGAGCGAUCCAACUUGGCUAUCAAAAAGGAGAUCGCCGCAUUGAAAAAAGACCUCCACUUCUACACGGCAGCUCUGGAGCGCCACGAGCCUUCCUGCCGCCUCAAAGACUCCACCGCGUCCAGCUCGACAAGCCGCCUCUCGGUUUCCUCCUCGGCCGCCCCCCCCAGAGACCGUCCCGGGGCCUCACGCUCCGCUUUCCCUGCUGCCCCUUCGCUCUCUACCUCCUUAACCUCCAGCCUGGGUCUUCAACCCGGUGACUGUCUUAAAAGCACCCAUUUCUCAUCUUUAACUCCUCUGGCAACCACGUCAGCAGACUUGCCUCGCGGCUCGUCUGCUGACCUCUUCACCUCCUCCAGCUCGGUGACAGCUCCCGUCUCUUUCUCCGCAGUCCCGACUCCUUGCUCUCUGUUUAGCGCAGAUUCCCCUUCGCUAAUCGCAUUGAGGCCGACAAAUGUUCCUCCCGUCUGCACCGGCCUCGUUUCGCACUCGGCGCCCUCGAGGUCGGGCGCCGUCCGCGGAAACUCUUCCGCGUCAGCGAACGCUCACUUCUCUGCUCUUCACCCUGGCGUGCUGGAUGAAUUUCUAAUGACACAAGCUUCUUUUAUUCCUGUUUCGUCCAAUGUAGUUCCCUUUAACUCCCAUUUGGUGGCUGAAAACGCAGGUCUCGAUUGUCCCGUGAGUCUGCCGCGUUCUCUUUUACCGCCUGCUCUUCAGGAUCCUUGUCCCGAGUCCCUCUCAAUGUCGUAUCCUGCCCCUGCUUUUGCCUUAAAGCCAACUUAUAGUCAACAAGUCACGCUCAAUCGUUCGUCUCUGCUUUCCAUGCUCAGCGUCCCGAGUCCCCCGAAUGUGUCUCAGACUACCUCCGGCAGCUUUGAUGAACCAGUCCCUCAACCCCCACCCUCACCUCCACUGUUGAGGGAUCCUUUAAGAGAUGUCUCCCUCUGUAAGCUCCUGGAGGGCAACGAUUGGAUACUAAGUGGGACGGAUCACCAGUAGCACGACAUGUCGCAAAUCAAAGGAAGAUGAGUUUCCUUGUACAUAUUUCUAUAUUUUGAGCAGUUUACUCCAACUCUGCUGAGCAGCUACAGCGCCAACUGAAAGAUGCAACCUGACUGAUUUAUACAUCUGUUGAGAUGUGUAGGAACCAUAUGUAGCUCUUAAUAGGUUCCAGCUUCUUAAAGGGACACUCGUGAGUUAGUAUUGAGCUUCCACAAAGUCGGUGGUCCCACAAGAGCCGAAUUAAAGACAAAAGGGUCCAAGCCAAUACAGCACAAGCAGAGAUAUGCAGCUUUUAGGGAUUGGUGUGGGUCAAGCUCUAAAAACACGGUAUUGUGGACUUCCCACAGUGCAACCUAUAGCAUCGUUUAGUUAGCUGCGUGAAAAUGGCCAUGUCUGUCAUUCUGUCAUUGCGGAGGUUUUAGAGACUGGAGUCAGGUGGAUAACGGGCUCAAAAGUGUACAAUUACUGAGCUAUUUGUGAGUCCAUAGUAUACAAGCCACUGGAGAUGAAACUUUAACCAACUAUGUUAUAAAAUACAUCAUUGUGCAGUUUUUUCAGUUUCAAAUCGUAUCAGGUAGGUAGCCCUUCUUUAAUCCAGAGACCAAACGCCCCAAAACAAUUUGAAACUUGGGCUUGUAAUGUUAGAUUGGGCAGAGUACUCACUUCCUUGCCACUUUAAGGAACUGUCAUGAGGAGAAAUCAUCCUUUGUGACUGGAAGUGCAUGUGUUUGCCCUUUGUGUUACACACAAAGGGCAAAAGUUGAAGAUUAUUGUUGUGAUUCAACACCAGAAAACUUUAUUCUGUUUUUUUGUAUUCUUUCCUCUUUUUAAAUUCAGACACAGUCUCACAUAUUCUCUUGCUAUUUGAUCCUUUACGUCACUCAAUUUGCUAAUGGUUAUUCUUUUGUUUUUUUAAAGCUACAAUAAUUUAUCUUUUUAUAAUUAUGAAUAUAUAGUUUUAUCUAGUUCCUUCCUCACUUCAAGUAAUACAAUUGUAUUAUUUCUACUAAUUAUACAAACUAUAUGAUUCAUUAUUAAUUUCGGUAUUUUACCAGCUUUGCUUUCAAGGGUGGAUCACCCACCAGACAAAGUGGGUAACUGGUCCCAGCGACCCUCAGGGGCCCAGAGUCCCCAGAUUGAAUUUGAAUUUGAAUAAUUGCAAAUAGUUUGGCUAUCUAUUAUUUAUGUGUCUACCGCUAUCAAAGUUAAUAUUACAAAUAAAUGUGUGCUAAACAGAGGGUUAAAAAGUGCUUUUUGUUUGUUUCCCUGGGCCCCCCUAGGAGUUAAUCCCCCCAUGAUGACAAGGACAAUGUAUGUGACAACUAGUGGCCCACAGUGGCACGCUAGAACUCAUUUGGGUGUAUAGUCCAAACAAAAAGUUGUGUCAUUCAUAAUUCCCUUAUCGUGUUCAUUUCAAGUGAGACAAAUGAGAGCGAUGACUUACUUACUUACUUGUGUAGUGUUGGGACUAUUUUUUAUUUAACACGUAAGAUUAAUAUAUUUAUGCUGUGA